UUCACGCAGAGGCCCCACAAUCAUCAGCCACCAACGCCCACAUCCCUCGUUCCCUUACUGACUCAUACUUACCUGACACGGCGUUGGGCCUGUACUUGGAAGCAUCUUCGGAUUCGGAUCCUUCUAAGUACUUGGUCACCUCCUCAAUGUAUCUGACCCAAAGCGAAAUCCUCAGGUAUUCGGCCGACAGAGGCAUUACUUCUGCAGCUGCCUCCACCGCUUCGCAUUUGGCGCCAUGGACUCCACCGCCCGGUGUCGAUGUUUCUACUGCCGUUGAACCCCUCCUCGCCGGCAUCAAGCGUUCUAAUGAAGCUUGGUAUUCUACCAAAUCUUUAGCGAAGCGUUCUAGAUUCGAGAGCGCAAGCAAUUUGCCUAUGUAUCCACAGAGGCCAGGAGAGAAGGACUGUGCCUACUAUAUGCUCACAAGAACCUGUAAAUUUGGAGAUAGCUGCAAGUUUGACCAUCCUAUUUGGGUUCCUGAGGGUGGAAUCCCAAAUUGGACAGAGGUCCCCAUUGCUACCAUUGAAUCCCUUCCUGAGAGACUAGGUCAGCCUGAUUGUCCUUACUUUCUAAAGACUCAAAGAUGCAAGUAUGGUUCGAAAUGCAAGUUUAAUCAUCCAAAAGAUAAAUUGGCUUUGUUUCAGGAUGGUUUGGAAAACACCGAUGUUUCUGCCUUACCAGAGAGGCCUUCUGAACUACAAUGUGCAUUCUAUAUGAAGACUGGGAAAUGCAAGUUUGGAGUAACAUGCAAAUUUCAUCAUCCGAAAGAUAUCCAGAUCCUAUUGGGACAAGAAAAUGGUAAUGCUGUGCAGACUGAAUCAGCAGUCAAGAUGGAUGAAGUAACUGGAGCUGGACAUGUCAGUGUGGUUAAUUCCAUCUCGUUUGACCCAGCCUCAUUUCAUAAUUCCAAAGGACUUCCAAUCAGACCGGGUGAACUGGAUUGUCCGUUCUACCUGAAAACUGGCAGUUGCAAGUAUGGUGCCACUUGUCGCUAUAAUCAUCCCGAUAGGAAUGCAAUCAGCCCACCUGCUGCUGCUAUGGGGCAUUCCAUUGUAGCCACUCUUGCAGCUAAUCUGAACUUUGGAGUCAUUCCUGCUGCCUCUAUUUAUCAAACUGUGGACCCUAGAUUGGCUUAUUCAACGCUGGGAGUGGGACCCAUUGUCUACCCUCAACGACCUGGACAAACAGAAUGUGAUUACUACAUGAAGACUGGCGAGUGUAAGUUUGGGGAAAGAUGCAAGUUCCAUCACCCAAUUGAUAGGUCUACAGUAAUAGCAAUGCAAGCUCAAGAACAGAACGUUAAGCUCACUCUUGCAGGAUUACCUAGGAGAGAGGGUGCAGUUCACUGCCCAUUUUACAUGACAACUGGCACAUGCAAAUUCGGUGCAACAUGCAAAUUUGACCACCCACCCCUCACGGCUAUUGCAGCAUCACAAGGAACAUCCACAUCUGCUGGUGUUGAUUUGAAUGGGGCUGUAGCUGGAACUCUCUAAGAACAGUAGCAGUGGUGCCUUUAUUUUAUUUUGAAAAAUUUUAUUAAAUUUCAUACUGGAUUUAGCAGAAUAAUGUUCAGGUCAUGUAUGCCUAAUCGGUGUAGUCGAUGAAAUGAAAGCCGGAGAAAUUGUUGUUUGUAUUCUAA